AUGACGGAUGUGGACAGUGGAAGCGUGGAGCGGCUGAAUCAGGUAGUAACUACUACUGCUAUUACUCCUACUCCUACUGAUAUCACCACGGUGGCUAUAACCACAACCACAACCACCAAGAUGACCACCUCCACCCCCAUCCCCCAAUCCACCCGCCAAUGGAUCCUCAACUCCAAGCCAGCCAGCACGCCCAUUCUGACCUCCGGUCCCUCGCCGGACUCACCCCCACCAACCUUCAAACCUACCACCACCCCCCUCCCUGCCUUAACGGCCACCCAAACCCUCCUCAAAACCCUCUACAUAUCCAACGACCCCGCCCAGCGGGGCCAGAUGUCCGCCCUGAUCGACCCUGCCCGUCUCUACGUGCCGCCGAUGGACCUGCACGCGCCCGUGCGCACCUACACCAUCUCCCAGGUGCUCUCAUCUGGGGACCCCGCCGCCCUGGCGCCCGGAACCAUCGUCCUGGCCGGGGGAAGUUGGAGCGAGUAUAGCAUCGCCGAGAUCGCGGAUUGCGAGGUGUUGGAUACGGAGGCCUUGCCCGGCGUCGGACUGACCCAUUUUAUGGGCAGUUUUGGGUAUCCCGGGUUGACGGCGUUGUAUGGGUUGAGGGAGGUGGCCAAGUUGAAGCAGGGAGAGAGUUUGGUGGUUAGUGGGGCGGCGGGGGCGGUUGGGGGGAUGGUGGUGCAGAUUGCGAAGAAGGUGUUGGGGGCUGGGAGGGUCAUUGGGAUUGCCGGGACGGAGGACAAAUGUCGCUGGGUGGAGAAGCUCGGGGCGGAUGUGUGUUUGAAUUAUAAGAAGGAGGGAUUCCAGGACGAGCUGUGGAAGGAGACGGAGGGGUUCGUGGAUGUCUAUUUUGUGGCAGACAACGUGGGCGGCGAGAUCCUCGAUCUGAUGCUCCUGCGGGUCAAGAGGUAUGGUCGCAUAGCUGCUUGCGGCACGAUUGCCAACUACAACAAAGAUGAUGAUCCCGUGGCAUUGAAGAACUUUUAUCAAGUCAUCAUCAACCGGAUAAAUGUCCUGGGCUUCAUCAUCUUCGACUAUAAUGACCACAUCAAGGAGGCCCGUGAAGAGCUGAUCCAGGCAUACAAAGACGGCAAGCUGAUCGUGGAUGAUGCCACGGAGACCGUGGUCGAGGCGACCUUUGAGGAAAUUCCCCACGUCUGGAUGAAGCUAUUCGAUGGGUCGAACACCGGUAAAUUGACGACGAAGUUGGUCGGUUGAAUCUGGUAGCGUGGGAUGUGACAUGGUUUCAACCGCAAUUGACAAACAUAGAAAGGAAUGAUGCAGAGACUUUUGUAAGCAAAGGAAAAGAAAGACUGGAUAUAUUCUUUGUUCAUGUAUGCAGCAGGGUCGUAGUGAAGGUAGGCGCCGUAUGCGAAUGUGCAUUAUGACAAAGACACCGUUCGAUUCAAGAUUGUCGCGAAUCGGGGUUGAGGGUAUCAGUUGAAAUGCUUUCCCCAAGUCUGAACCCCUAGAGUAUUCCCUAGACCAAGAUGAACUCUUCCAACGGCUGCUGUCCCAGCCAGGUGCAGAAAGGACUCCGCUCCUCUCCCUCCUCCGUGACCAGCCCAUCAAGGUAAACCUUGCAGACCAAUUUAUACUGUGCUCGGUUGUCCUCGCUCUCAUCCGGGACCCGUCGCAGUACAAGUGGCCAUAUCACGUCCCCA